AUGUCGGAUGCAACCAUUUUUAAAUACUGCCUAGCAGGUUUAACUGAGAAGACUCUUCUACUCAAGGAGAUUUCUAGCACUGCUUCUAAUGAAGAACUUUUGAGUUUUUCUCAUCAGGUUUACUUAUAUUCAGGAUGUUCACACCACAGGCACCAAAUAGCAAUGGCAAAGCGAUUGAUAGAGGAAGGAAAUAAGGCUUGGAAUUUGAUCUCACAAAAUAAACACCAGGUUCCAUGGGAAAGUGUGGUUUUUGAAAUUGAAGAGCAAUUCAUGAAGAUUGCUUGUUGUAAUUCUCGGGCUCUCACGCAACAGGACUUUGAGCUACUGAGGAGAAUUGCGGGUUGCCAAGAAUAUCUGGCCCAAGAAAACUUUGAAAAGAUGUGGUGUUGGUUAUAUCCUGUAGCUUUAAUGUUAUCAAAAGAUUGGAUAAAUACAAUGUGGAGUUCAACAUCUCCCAAGUGGAUAGAAGGAUUCAUUACGAAGGAAGAAGCUGAAACUUCACUUCAAGGUUCAAGGGGUUUACAGGAAUCUGGUACAUUUGUACUCCGGUUUCCUACUUCAAGGAGCUGGCCCCACCCAGAUGCUGGUAGCUUAGUUGUGACUUAUGUUAGCAGCAAGCACGCUAUUCACAACAAGCUUAUCUCCCUUGAUCAAAUGUUUAGUUCUGCUGAGAGGGAAAAGAAUGCAAAAUCACUGCAAGAUAUGCUUCUUGCGGAACCCGAACUCUCUCGAUUGGGAAGGAUAAUAAGAAGUCGCUGAGUGGGCUAGAGAUGCAUAACAUACUAUUCUGUUUUUGCAAGAUCAAUUUUUGCGGCUAUCUAUGUAUUGUCUUUGAGCCUUUGAUGUAUAGAUUAGUCUGUUAUUAUAUCAGUAUCUUAUAAGUGGAA